GAAAGAGGAGUCCUCAGCCAGGAGCACAGGUCACAUGACAGAUGUAUGUAGUGAUGAAACUGAAAACUCACCUUCUCUCCAACCUCACACCCUGAGAGAGUUUGAACAGCACCUCAAUGACCUGAAGAAGGAGAACUUCAGCCUCAAGCUCCGCAUCUACUUCCUGGAGGAGAGGAUCCUGCAGAAGUACGAGGACACCAGUGAUAAUGUCUACCGCACGAACAUCGAGUUGAAGGUAGAAGUGGAGAGCUUGAAGCAAGAGUUACAGGAGAAACAAGACCUUCUUGACAAGGCUCUGUCAACAGCUGAGAGCCUGUCCAGUCACAAUGAGGCAGAGCUACAGAGACGAUGUGAGGAGAGACAGCAAGAGAUCGACCACAUGCAGGAGUUGCUGGAGACCAAGAUACAACUCCUGCAGGAGGAGGCCGAGCUAGCGCGAUGUGAGGCUGGGAGGAUGGCCUCCCUGGCCAGGUCGAGCUCCCAGACCCUCUUGGAGGACAUGAAGGACAGCCCAGAGGAGGAGGAGAGCACCCAGACCACGUCUCAUCACCCCCCAUCACACACCAACAAAGACAGGGUGGUCGAGGAGCUGACCUGUGCUCUGCGCUGUAAGGAGGCUCUGAUCACUGAGCUGAGUGGACAGAAGAGCGUCCUGGCCCUGAAGGUGGGAGAGCUGGAGGGACAGGUAGUGGACCUCUCCUCCUCCCUGCUGCAGAAAGAGAGAGAUGCAGAGUUCUACCAGGAGGAGCUGGGCAGGGAGAGACUACGCAUUGAGCAGGAGAUGCAGGAGGCGUGUCGUAUCUGCGCGCGUGAGCUCUGCGGUAACCAACGCCGGUGGAUCUUCCACCCCGCCUCCAAACUCAACCUCCAAGUGCUUCUGUCCCACGCCCUGGGGCGAGAGCUGACCCGGGAUGGGCGCGGCGAAUUCGCCUGCUCCAAGUGUGCCUUCAUACUGGAGCGUAUGUACAGGUUUGAUACGGUCGUCGCCCGUGUGGAGGCUCUGUCCAUCGAACGGCUGCAGAGGCUGCUCCAGGAGAAACACCGGCUACGGGGUCUCAUCGGAGGCCUCUACCGGAAGACCAACGGGGAGGAGGGUGGCGGUGGUGGAGGUGUUGUUACCGGGCCUGGGGGUACGGGAGGAGGGGUACAGGGGGAAGGUAUGGUGGACAUGUCUGGUCUGACCCAUGCUAAGUACUGUGCUCUGCUCCAGGAGGACUUGGUGUACUCUCUGUAUGAGUCCUGGGCUGAAGAGGGGUUGGAGUUCGGGGGUCAUCAUCAUGGGCAUCGCCCUCAAUGCCCAGUGUCAGAGGUGACGGCUGUGGGGUCACAACGCUGUGGGACAGUCACACCUUCACAUAGGAAGUGCCAAGGGUGCACAGCGUGGCGAGUCGUGGACUCGGACUACGAGGCUGUGUGUAAAGUACCAAGGAAGUUGGCACGAAGUAUUUCCUGUGGCCCAUCGACGAGGUAUUCGGCCAGUGUGAUUGGAGUAGAAAGAGGUAGAGGAGGGGAGGAAGAGCCAGAGGGGACCCACUCCUCGCUCACACUGGUCCCUGGGUCCAAGCUUCAGUCCCGGGCUUCAGACAGUGACCGUACCCUGAUGGGUCGAGCCAGCUCCAGCCCCUCCAUAGACUCCCUGGACAUAGCUGGAGAAUCUACCCGGCUGUCUGCUAUCCAAGACAGGGCCGAGGGGCUAGGGUACCCCCGGGACCCCCUGGAUGACCGGUUCUCUGACUCCCUGUCUGAGGAGCACGACCUGGUGACCCCGCUGAGAUCCGCAUCCCACCUCUCCCUGGCCCUCUGCCUGGUCCAGAACUGUGUGUACCGGCCCGUCCAGAGCCCCAAGGGAAGCAGAUUGCCUGUGCUGCUCAGACAGAGCCCCAGCAAUGGAAGCUCCAGACUUAGCUUCUAUGAGCCGGCCUUGGGGUUGCUGCAUCGAGGUCCGAAUGGAGAGGGGGAGAUUCAUGGCCAUGUACCCGACGUGGAGGCCCCUCUGAUCAGGCUGGACAGUGAGAUGGAUGGGGGUCUGGACCUGGCUGAGAUGGAGGAGCUGUGGGAGGAUCUGUAUCAUGAGUGUCCUCUCCCACGCCCCCACCAGACUCUGAUCGAGGAGCAGCAUAGCCAGUUGAACCAGUAUGAAUGUGCAGCAGGUCAGUGUAUCAGUGAGCUGCAGAAGGCCCAGCUCCAGGUCCAGUCCCUGCAGACCAAGAUCCAGGAGAGCGAGGCCAACAACACGAAGCUGCAGGAGAAGCUCAGUGAGAUGGAGUGUGAUCUGCGUUCUAUCCGUCAGGCAGCUCAGAGCCAGGAACACACCAUCCAGGGCCUGACCGACUCUGUCAGCACCAAGGACAACGAGGCCCAGGAGUUGUACCAGUUAAUUGAGGGGCAGAACACCACACUGUGUAAACUGAGAGAGAUGGCCCACCACAACCAGAUCACGCAACAGGCUCCAGAGGGAGGCAGUGAGGUUGCGGGUCUAGCCCAGCUCCAGGGUGAGUUAGUGGGGGUACAGAGCUCUCUGUUUACCCUGGGUCUGGAGCUGGAAGCCAGUCAAAGAGCUCAAAGACAGAGCCAGAGACAGGCUGAGGACCUGACCAGAGCUAAAGACAGGCUCCACUCUGACCUAAAGGAGGCACUGCAGCAUAGGGAGGUCACCGACAAACACAACAAGGACUUGCUCAGUGCCCUGGCUCAGUCCCGCUCUGCGCUGCAGGCUAAAGAGGCUCAGCAGAAGGAGAGCGAGGCAGAGAAGCACAUGGAGGUUCAGGAGAGAGACAAGAACAUCACACAGCUCAAACUCUCCCUACAGGUCAAGGAGAGCCAGCUACAGGAGUACUCUGAGCUCCUGGAAUCAGUAGACAGCUCCAAACCCAGAGAUAUUCUGAUGGACAAACUGAGAGAACGCAUCAGGGACAGGGACAGAGCACUGGAGCGGUCUAUAGAUGAGAAGUUCCGUUGUCUGGAGGAGAGGGAGGAGCAGGUGAGGAGUCUACAGCUGGCCCUCCGAGAGAAAGAACGAGACCUGGAGAGACUCCGCUGCAUACUGCUCAACAACCAGGAGACCAUCACGAGUCUGGACGCGUUGGUGCGGGGUAAGGAGCUGGAUGUGGAGCAGGCAGCAGAAGCCCACAGGAACCUGCAGUGGCUCCAGCAGCAGAGUGAGGAGAGAGAGAAGAGCACUCUGAGAGAGAGAGACACACUCAUCAACCAGCUACAGUUUGCCCUGCAGACACGCAGCCGGGAGACACAGGACCUGACGGCAGCCCUCCUGGCUAAGGUCCAGGCAGGCCCCAGUGAGGUGGUAGAGGAGCUGAAGGCUCGCCUCGCACUGAAGGAGAAACUGUUCCAGGAACUUCUGUCAGACCGCAACCGCCAGAGCCACGAACACCAAGCACAGGUCCAGGACCUGCUCAGCACCAUCAGCACCAAGGACCAGUACAUACAGGACUGCUCUGAUAGGCUCUCCCAGGUGAUUGGCGAGCGGACGGGCCAGCUGCAGGAGCUGCACAGGCAGCUGUCAUCACGGGAACGGGAGAUGGGCGAGCUGCGGAAGGAGAGAGAGAGGGAGAGAACGGGAGAGGCAGAGCAACUGCAGAACCUACUAAAAGAGAAAGGGACUUUUAUCCGGAGUCUGAUGCAGGGCCAGGAGGAGAGCAUGGAGCCCUCCACACAAGAGGGGGCAGCAGAGGUACAUGCCAUCCAGGAAGAGCUGCAGCUGGUCAGGAAGAAAGAGAGGGAGGCUCAGCUGGAGCUCUCAGCCCUGCGCUCAGCUCUCACACAGGCCCAGCAGCAGGCCCAAAAGCAGGAGGAUAGAUUUAAGAUCCUGGCCCCAGAAAUAACAGUCAGGGACCAGCCCUCCAGCACUGACCACCAGAGUGUGUUGGAACAGUUGGUCAAUGAGUACCACAGGCUGAACAAUGCUUUGAGGGCAGAGAAGAGGCUGUACCAGAGUCUGAACCACAUCCAGACUAGAGGAGACAGCAGCUCAGAGAAGACCCAGGACCUGCUCACAGAACUGGACUCUGUUCAGGCAUUGCGAGGGCAACUGGAGGAGGUCCUAACUAGGACCCGGAAGACGGCCCUGGCACUGGAGAAGGCAGCUAAGAGGCAGUCUGACUUUGGAGGUGGGGACGGGCAGGGACUGGCCGACAGGGCUACAGGGGGCACUGUUACUAACUCUCUGGGAUAUUCUCUCAGCACGGAGGAAGAAGAAGAGGAGGGAGAUGAUGAAGAGGGCAGCACUGAUGAGUUCUCAGACAGUAUUGAAGACAAUGAGGAAAAACUGACUGUCAAAAGCCUGGCCUCCACUAAGAACUCUGUGGUGGCAUGUGGGCAGGGGGUGCUGUCUGGAGGACCUUUGAGCGGAGCGCUGUCAAAGGGGGCAGAUGGGCAGGGACAGCAGCUGGCUGAACAGAAGAGGGCACUAGAAGAAGAAGUGGAGGAGAUGAGAACACAGCUGGAGACCACCGGCUGCUCCUCCCUAGCCCAGAUGAGGACAACACUGCAGAGGCUACAACAAGAGAAUGCAGCCCUGAAAGAGACCCAAGGGGGAUUAGAGGCUAGAGCAGUCUAUGAGGCUGAAUCUGAUGAUGUCACCGGCGAUGUGGGCGGGUUCUGGCAGCAUAUGGAUGCGGGUCUCCGUGAGCAGGCGGCGCAUCUGCGUUCUGAUUUGGCGCUGAGCAGACAGGAGAGCAGAGAGCUGCAGGAGAGACUCAUGGUGUCUGAGGCCACAGUACAUGCACAGGCUGAACAACUCAAAGACUACAGGGAACUACUCACGGAGACAUCAGUUGAGCAGGACAGUAAGCAGGUCCAGGUGGACCUGCAGGACCUGGGCUAUGAGACCUGUGGCCGUAGUGAGAACGAGGCAGAGAGAGAGGAUGCCAGCAGCCCAGAGUUUGAUGAUCUGGAGAUGUGUACGUCACUGAGCCACCGGCAGGACUACGAGAGCGCCGGAGUUUGGUUCCAUGGCGAUGGGAGUGUGGGCGGAGCUUUUGAUGAAGGCGAGGAGCCAGGGGCAGGAUCCUUACAGCAAUUGGUCCUGGACCUGCGUUCUCAGCUGACCCGCUGCCACAAGGUGAUUCGUGGGUUGCAGCUACGUGUGCGUUCACUAUCCACCACCAGUGACUACGCAUCCAGUCUGGAACGCACCCCACGCAAGGUGAACUGGGCGUUCGAGGCCUCCCCGGCCCUCAGCGGUGUAGAAGACGAUGAGGGCUGGAUGUCCGACAGCCUGGGGCCUCGCAUGGAACCCAAGCCCAGCCGAGAGCUGCGAGAGCUGGUGUCCCGAGUGGCCUCACUGGAGGCCCAACUCAAGAGCUCCAAGCUGGAGGGGAAAGGAGGGGUGGUGGAGGAGGGGAAGUGUGCUACCUGGCCCGGGAAGUACAACACCCUGAUCCAGGCUCAGGCCAGGGAGCUGUCCCACCUGCGUCAGAGGAUGAGGGAGGGCCGUGAUGUCUGUCACAUACUCACACAACACCUGGGAGACACCACCAAGGGCUUUGAGGAGCUGCUGCGUGCCAACGACAUUGACUACUACAUGGGGCAGAGCUUCAGAGAGCAGCUGGCACAGAGCACUGCCCUGGCACAACGAAUGGGCACCAAGAUCAGUGGACGUGACCGUGCUGAGCUCCAUGAUGAUAAGAUGGGCCAUGAGCUGCUUGCUUUGCGGCUAAGUAAGGAGCUCCAGCAGAAGGAUAAGAUAAUCGAGUCGCUCCACACCAAACUCCAGCAGCGUCCUGACACCCCCUCCAGCAGCCAUGCCCUCUCAGAGACCACCGACCAAUCAGACAGAACCUCCUUUGUGUCAGACGAGUGCCGGACCAAUGAGGACCUGGAGCUGUGCUCAGAUGUGGAUGCUGGCAGCGAAUACGCUCAAGAAGUGAAGGGACAGGGGGCGGGACAUGGCCCAGGAAGCACAGACCUCCACCCCUCCCUCCCUCCAUCAUCUCUUAAGUCCUCCAGCAGCUGUCCCAACAUGCUAUACUCCACUCCCGUGGAGUCAGCCAGUCAGACUGGUCCUGUGUCCUGCUCCCUACCCACCUCCCAGUCCCUCCCCAGGCUUUACCCUAGACAUGACCUCUGGGGUCAACGUAUGACCUUUGACCCCGCGACCAGGACCUUCCCUAUGGAAGCGGUGCAACAGCAGCUGGAUACCCUGCACAGACAGAUGACUAUGAAUGAGAGCUUUGUGGUUCCUCACGCCAAGGCCCGGUCGACCGCCCCACCAACCUCCCAUCACCAGCCUGACCAUUCCCCUUACAGGCAGAUUACCCACCAUGCCUUUUACCCACACCAGCUAGGCGGCCGACCCGCAGGCCCCGCCCUGAAGGCAGACGCAGAUCUGGUGGAGAGUGGUGCAUUGUGGGAUAUGGAGAACAUGGUUCAGCCAAUCAGGGUUGGGUCAUCAGGAUACUAUUCAGGAAACAGCUUUACUGGUGUGGACGUGAUCAAGGAGCACCUGAGGGAGGUGCAGUGUCUGCGUCAGCACCUGGAGGAGUCCAUCAGGACCAAUGAGAGGCUCAGACAGCAGCUGGAGGAACGCCUUUCCACCACCGGCCGUGACGGCGCAGCGCCCACCAACAUCUACAUCCGGAGCCUGGACUCUGUCUGCCAGCUGUCCAAUGAGAUCAGAGUCCUGAAAGAGGAGAACCUGGCUCUCCAGGCACGCCUGCAGGCCAGCUCAGACACGUGUAAGGAGGCGGAGCAGCUGCGUGAGGUGGCGGUGACGGGGCGUGCCCGUCUGAAGCAGGCGGAGCUGGAGGCGGAACAGUGGAAGGAGGAGCUACGCCGGCUGCAGACACACAGCCAGGAGCAGGGACAGCAGAUACACACACUCAGACAGGAGAGGCAGAACAGCCAUGACAAGAACAAUAGGCUGCAGCAUGAGGUGUCCCUGCUGCAGCAGCAGUUGUGUGAGAGCAGGGAGCUGCUCCACUCUCUGCAGAGUGAGCUGCAGGUCUACCACAGAGUGUGUUCCAACACCAAGGGCAACCCAGAGUUUCUGUGUGAGGGCCAGUACGGUAGGGUCCCUGCCCUGCCCCUGCCCGGUGAGCUGGGGGAGCUGCUAGGGGAGGUGAGGAGCCUCAGAGCCCAGCUCCAGAGCAGUGUCCAGGAGAACAGUGUCCUGAAACAGCUGGAGCUCCACAAACAUCUGGAGCAGAAGCUGGGUGGGGGCGUCCACGGAGGGCUGGGGAGCAUUGGGGGGAUGGAGCCCCCUCGUACCCCGUCUCUCAGUGCCCUUACAGACAGCCCCCAGAGGGACAGCCUCUACAGACGGCAGCUACUACAUGACCCGGCGCCGUCUCCCCCGGUCAGAGACAUUGGGUUGUUUAACUGUGGAUCUCCAUACCACGUCCCCUACACAGAUCUGGUGGAGACCCCGCUCACUGCCAACGAUCUGGACCCCCACUCAGAGCUGCAGGGGGACGCCCCGGACGGCUCGUUCUCUAACCGGAACGGACGCCACACCAUCGGGCACGUGGACGAUUACAGCGCCCUGCAGCAGCAGGUCCUGGAGGGCAGGAGUCUGGUCCAGAGAAUGGAAACAGCUCUUCAGGCCUGCCUCAGCCAAUCAAUGCUGGUAGACAGCCAGGACCAGGUCCUCCUGGACUAUGGCUGUGUGAGGACUCUGUUGUCUAACACCAAGACCCUGAGACAGAUCCUGGAGGAGGCUGUGUCCCUGUUGAAGAUGUUCUGGAGGGCUGCCCUGCCCAGCACCGACCGCUCCACCCACAACCUUAAGAAGGAGCAAUGUAUGCAGGAGGAGAUUCUGUCUCUGAGAGGGCGUAUCUCGGAGCAGGAGGAGGUUCUCCAGGGAACCGUCCAGAGACUGAGGAGCACCAGCCGCACCAAGGAGAGCAUGGAGCACUUCAUCGUCAACCAGCUAUCAAGGACUCGCGAUGUGCUGAAAAAAGCAAGGACUAACUUGGAGCUGAAGACCGAAGUCUUGGCAAUGAACGGCCUACUGAUUGGAGUUUCUUGAAGCCUGGCGACGCCCCGGCAACAUCAAAUCAGCGUCCAGGAACCAGGAAGCGCAGCAGCCAGUGCCUGUUUUAGGUGAUGACCUGUUAAAGGAACCAGCCAGCCUAACACCACAACCUCUGAAUUCUGACCUCACCGCCAGAACGACCCCUCCUCCUCCUCCUCGUUGCCUCAUCUCAAGCAUCCAACGUCCCUCCUCAGAUCACUCCAUGCUUCUUUCUCUCCUAUCUCUCCUCCACUUCUCUCCUGCCGGCAAUUUGUGCCCAAUGCUCCUGCCUCCUACACCUUGGGCCUUACCUGAACUCUUACUCCUUUAGUGUCAUUCCUCCACCCUCCUUUUGACUGUUCUCUUUCCCCCACCUCCACCCUUGUUCUUCUGUUGGAGUCUUUGAGCUCCAGAAAUGGUUGUUCCAGUCUGAUGAUUACCUUGUUGUGAGCGUGAAGAAGGUGGUUUGAAACGUGUCUCUGAUGGUUACAGUAAUGUGCGCCCUUGACUGCUGUAGAAGGAGUAGGAUGAAGCUGCCCCUAGACAUUGAGCUAAGGUCAGAUUUGCCUUUUCCCCAAUGGUAAAGGUUAUGGGUUUUGGGGAAGGCAGGCUGAUCCUAGAUCUGUAGCUAAGGGAAGCUUCUACACGGAGCAUAGUAGAUUGUGCUCUUCUGCCUGGCAGCUUUUGGACGGGAUAAGUGUCAAUGCAUGUGAACUCAUGGCUUGAGAAAGAUAAUGUAUAGUAUACAAACGUAUAAACACAUACAGUAUGGUACACAUAUAAAUAUAAUAGGCUUGGAACCUCUAACCCUGGCAACGGGGACGCCCAUUCUAUUCAUUCUAUUUCUGUGACAGUACCCGCGUCUCACACAUACGUUCACAGACAUACAUGAACAAUCCAUUUCUUUCAAAACAAAUAUUCAACUUUCACUGCCACAGAAAUGCAAACUUUCUCCUCGUGACAUUUCAUCAAUGAGGACUUUCUUUGCAAGUACAAUGCAAAAAAGUUGAAUAACAUCCACAAUCUAGCUAGAUCUGCUGGAAUCACAGUGGAGGAUUGUAUAGGUGUAGCACUUCUAGGUAAUUGUUUGCUAUUUUUAUCUGUGGAGGAUGAAGCCUGUGGAUGGUCUGUCUGCCAUUAGCCAAGGGUUCUGGAUAGCAGAACAAAGGCCCAGUUCCAUUUAAAUCACUAGCCACUUCCCCUCGCUCCUACUCCAUCGGUAUUCACAGAUCUGAAUAGACUGGAUAGGUGAAAGCAAUAUGUUGAUGGCUUCACCUAGUCCUCCGAUAAGUUAAGUUGAGUUUCCGCUGUGUUGCUUUUAUCUAUCCAGUCCUGGCUGAUCUAACGCUGACAGGGUAAAGGCUGAAAGAAGGGGCUAGGGGCUGAAAUGGACCGAGGCCGAACACGCGUAUUCAAGCUCCUCUUUAGGAGUCCUCAGACGAGCAUGUGCAAUAAUUACGUUGUUUAUUGAAUGAUCAUGGCGCACCAGCUUUUUGGGUUUUUGCCUGACACUGGAACUAAAGUAUUUAACCACUCUUGAUAAGUGAAAAAGACCGUUGGUGCAAUAUUAUACUAAUAACUAUCUUCUACUAACUUAGGAAUACUACUGACUGAAACAAAGUGACGUUUUUAUGCAGUGUUGAUGCAUGAAAGAGGUUUUAAAAGGAAAAAUCUAAACAUUUGUUUGUGGAACAUGGGAUCACCAAUACUUGCCAAAGUUUGAACUUUGAACUCUUCACGUCCUUGUUUGCCUUACCCAUGCGAAUGACAUACUGUAGGAGUGGUGUGACUAUAGGAAGUCAUCAUCAGCCCAGUAUAUGAGAUCAUUUAUGACAUCAUGAUGGAGAUAUCAUUUAAUUGGCUGCUCUUUGAGAGCCAUUUGAACCAGAGAGACGGUAACCGUUAGAUUAUAAAUGUGCUUUAUAACGAGCACAUCUUGUCAUAAAUGGACCAAACAUUUCUAUAAGUGAAUCUUUCACACUAGGCUUCUAUUGCUUUGUGAAUUCCAAAAACUUAAAUUGUGCUCAUGUGAGAGAUGUACCACUAAAACAGAGAAUACUAUUGUGAUUGUUCCAUUUCCAUUGGACUUUUUGUCUCGGUUAAGACCUUCAUUGCAUUCCCAUGGUGUUGUUGGCUAAAUGUUCCGUGUCCUUUUAGGUGUUACAAACUUUGGCAGGCUACUGGUGGGACCAAUGUUCUAGAUUUCACCAUUGGUGAUGUCACACCCAAAGGUGUUUCUUCCUAUGCUGCUUUUGAUUGUGUUGUGUGUUCUUGCUGUACAUUUGACAAUUUUCACGCUGUAAAUUACUUGCUUUUUCACUGUAUUCUGUUGGCUGACCUUUUGGUGUGUGGAUAAUCAUGUCAGACAUUUGCUCUGUAUGCAAACGUUGAAUAUCUGGGUAGCUGUGCAAUAGCUCUACACUAUUAUCUACUUUAUUUUGAUGUUACACAUCAUUAUAUUAACAAUAUUUUUGCUUCCUUAAGUGUUUAUUUUCCUGCUUUGUAUGGUUUAUUUGUUUAGUUUUUUAGAUUAUGCCAGAUUGUAAUAAGAUAGCCACAUAUCUGUUAUGAAAUCACAAAGAUAUGCCUUUUCUUAGGCUAUAAGGGAAACAAGUAUUAUUACUUACACACCCACCUAUAAUUAACCUUCGGAUGCUUGCCUUUAAAAGUAGCUUGGCCACUGCAAUUUGCUCCCAACACUUACUUGGAACUCUAUUCGAUCUGGAAAUCUGAAGCGUUACAGAUUCUGCAACAGAAAUGUAAAGGUCAUUUCCAAAUGAGCCAACAUAUACAGCGUUUAUCGUGAAUGCAGCCUGCGCUAAAGCGGGGAACAUUAAAAAUGUCAAACACGCUGUAAAGCUGAACUUCCGCGAUGUAGAUUGAAUAGAGCCCUUGGAGUUAAUAGCGCUUGGUGUCUAUCCUAGGUAUAUAUCACAGUAGAUCUGCCAACGUCUUGUUCGCGCUCCACUCAAUGGAAAAUCCCUAGAGGGGAUUCUAAUAUAACAAACAUUCUAAUAUAACACCCCAUGCUGUGUGGUUCUCUUGGAAAAACAAGGAUUUGAUGAGAAGAUUCAGAGAAAGAUUAGGGAAAAUGAAUAUUUUAUACCAAAGUAGAAAUAACCAACCAACCAUAGAUGUACAGGAUUAUGUCAGAUUGGAUCAGAGUAGAACUGAACAUGGCCAGGGAGCGUGAACAAUGCCUUUUUAAUGUGCUGUGUAGAACGGAAUCAAACAGAAGUAUUUAGCUGUGUCUGAUAGUUGGUCCUGAAACUUAUAUUUAAUGGUAUGUGAUUGAAAUCGAAGAGUAGCUUGGUUUGUCAGGCUCUGUGUGUGAUAAAGUGUGCGCUGAUGAAGCUAACUAGGAUGCCGACACAGAGCUCGUCUAUGAGCUCUGUCUCUGAAGAUGGUCACUGUGUGUGUGUGUGUGUGUGUGUGUGUGUGUGUGUGUGUGUGUGUGUGUGUGUGUGUGUGUGUGUGUGUGUGUGUGUGUGUGUUGUGUUGCCACAGUGUUAUCACAAUGAGGGUUUUUGGGUUCCAAAAAAUAAAAAUAAAAACGUA